CUUCUUCCUCCUCGAGACGCAGCGGGCCAGCGGCCUAGGGUUUUGCUGUAGUCGUCGUAGCCAUGGACGGGACGGCGGCGCCGCCGACGUCGACUCAGGAGCAGCAGAAGGAAGGAGGCGCCACAGACGGCCGCUAUGGCGUGCUCCUGUACUACAAGUACGCCGAGGUCCCCGACGCCCCCGCGCUCGCGGCCUUCUACGAGGCCCGCUGCCGCGCUCUUGCCCUCGUAGGUCGCGUCCGCGUCGGACCCGACGGCGUCAACGCCACGCUCGGUGGGAGAAUGGCGGCGCUGGAGAAGCACAUCGAGGAGAUGAGCUCCAACAGCCUUUUCGACGGCACCGACUUCAAGCUCGCCUCCUGCGAGGAGCCCGUCGACGAGAGGGUCGCCAGGGAGUGCGGCUUCACCUCGCUGUCCGUUCGGCUCGUCAAGGAGCUGGUUACCCUUUGUUCCAACCCGUCGUUGACAACCCCCGAGAUUUCAUUGGCCGGGAGACAUUUGUCAGCAGCUGAUUUCCACUCGGUGCUUCAAAGUGUUGCAGGAACUGGUUCUUAUUCUGAGGCAUCUGCAGAGAAGAAUGAAGUGGUUGUCUUGGAUGCUAGGAAUCUGUAUGAGACGCGUAUUGGCAAGUUCCAUGUACCAAAUGUGGAGACGCUGCAUCCUGAAAUCAGGCAAUACAGUGACUUACCAUUGUGGAUAGAUGAGCAUAGCGAGAAGCUACGUGGUAAAUCAAUUAUGAUGUAUUGCACGGGAGGUAUACGCUGUGAGAUGGCAUCAGCUUAUAUCCGCUCCAAAGGUGAAGGCUUUGAGAAUGUUUUUCAGUUAUACGGUGGCAUUCAGAGAUAUUUGGAACAAUUUCCGGAUGGUGGCUAUUUUGAUGGAAAGAAUUUUGUAUUUGACCAUAGAAUCUCUGUGGGAAGCCUUAAAGAUAACAUACUUGGAACUUGCUUGAUAUGUGGUUCGACCUAUGAUGACUAUUCAUCCCGUUGCCGCUGCACCCAUUGCAGAAUAUUGGUCUUAGUGUGCUCCACAUGUCAGGAUUCUACUAAGGAGUAUGUGUGUGAGCUAUGUCUAAGAAAUGGUAAACCAUGCUGCCAAAUAUCAGUAAGGCAAGAUGGCCAAACAGAAACAGAGUUAUCUGAAUCUUCUGCCUUUGGAAAGCCAUCCAUUACCAACAAAGUUUUAACCUCCAGCGCUCCCAUGAGUAAUGUUUGUGGAGCCUACUCCUUUUCCCAACCAACUCGUGGUGAGCAGCUGAAGAAGUUGAGGAUCCUCUGCUUGCAUGGUUUCCGUCAGAAUGCAUCAAGUUUUAAGGGAAGAACAUCGGCCCUUGCCAAGAAGCUCAAGCACAUUGCUGAGCUCGUCUUCAUAGAUGCUCCUCACAAGCUUUCAUUUGUGUACCAGCCAAAUUCAGAUCCCUGCUCCGACAAACCGUCACCUCUGUCUUUCACAACGAAACCAAAAUUUGCUUGGCUGGUUUCUCCCAACACGAGUUGCCACACUGAGCAAGAUUGGAAGAUUGCAGAUGCAACUUUCGACCCUCUUCAGUAUCAGCAACAAACAGACGGCUUUGAGGAAUCAUAUGCAUACCUUGAAAACGCAAUAGCUCAGGACGGCAACUUUGACGGCAUUCUUGGUUUCUCCCAGGGCGCAUCAAUGGCUGCCUUACUGUGCAGACAGCAGCAGAAGACUUGUGGAUCUCCGAAGUUCAGGUUCGGGAUAUUCUGCUCCGGGUAUCCAGCACCUGUGGGUGAUUUUGACAGCGAACCGAUCAGGCUCCCCUCACUCCAUUGCUUUGGCAGCACCGUAGGCCAUGACAGGCAAAUUGCAAAAAGGACCAGUGCUGAUCUGGCUGGCCUGUUUGAGGAGGACCGGCGCAGUAUCAUGGAGCAUGACAUGGGGCAUAUCAUUCCUACCCGGCCUCCCUACAUCGAUCAAGUGAAGGAAUUUUUGCGCAAUUUCAUGUGAAAUGCUUGGAAUUAAUCGAGCUACUUUGAUGCAUGCCAUCUCUUUUGUAUACUAGAUGCGUUGUGUGUGCAAGCUACAGCAGGAGUUCUUUGAUACUUUAUCAAAAUAUCACUCAUACUCUAUGAUGAUUCUUCUACCGUGAUGACAUAACUGUGUGCACGCACCUGAUAUUAUUCGUCCUUUUCGUGGAAGAUGUAACGACUAUUUGAGCAAAGAAAGUUUGCUUGACGAA